AUGUUUUCGGUUGGCACAGCGGGCGCACUCGUCAGAUAUGCGAUAGGGUUGCAGACGCCGGCUUCCACGUCCUGCUGCCGAAUUUCUUCGAGUGCGACGGGUGGGACCAUUCCAAGCCGCUCAUGGGUUACGCCACGCCAUGGACACGCCCACUCCAUGCCGAAGGGCACGGUGGCGUACUUCCUGAAGCACUUGCUGUACUACAAGUGGGCCUGUGACGACCAUCAACAGCGGUCAUGCUUGGCAAACCUUUCGUGGAAGUGCGCGUUCAACCUUUGUGCAACCCCGCGUUUCGUGAAGCCGUCCAUCCAGGACCAUCUGUUGCCCUAUCUGUCUGCAUCGGGCAAGAAGGUUGGCGUCAUGGGCUUCUGCUGGGGCGGCUGGAUUACGAUUCGCUCGUGCUCCUUACCAGGUGUUGCAUGCGGCGUCGCCAUGCAUCCGACGAUGAACAUGGAGGGCUUCCACGGGGGGAGCGCGCACGAGGCUUACAGCGAAGUGCAGGCCCCGCUGAUGUGUCUCGCCGCAGGUAGCGACCCCGAUGAGGUGAAGCCCGGCGGCCCUUUGGACGCAUCGAUGCAGCGCGGACAGAAGUUGCUUGAGAUUCACGAGUUCAAGGAGAUGAAGCACGGCUGGUUUCCCAGGGGCGAUGUCAGUGAUGCUCAAGUGAAGCAGGGCGUCGCGCUAGCCUACGACAUGGCUUUGAAGUUUCUUAAUGAGCACUUGAGAUAG